AGGUUUACGUUAAAUCUUUGUUUCACUGGGAUUUAUAAUUGUUCAUGAAGCUACGAAAUGCUUUACACUCUUGAAACGGUCUUGCAAUUCGAUUGGAUUUGAUUUUUUACCGCCCAAUUUAAACACAAAACAGUUUUUUAUUUUUGCAACGAAUGUCACGUAAGUGUAUUGUGUCUUUUGGAAUGAUUUAGGCUUUAUGUUACUUUUAUUUUCUGGUAAAAAGUAAUGGCGUCAAUAAAUGAAACAACGUCAGAGUGCAACGGCACAUUUAUGUACAGCGAAAACUUAACGGACGGAUAUUUCGAAGGUCGUUAUAUCGAGGACUGCUUAGGUGUUAGAUGCAUGACUGUGGAAGAGUGCAGUGAUCAUAUUAAAAAGCACAUCACACCCAGAUUAGCAGAAUGGUUCAUUAUAAUCAUUUAUAUUAUAAUCGGUUUUGUCGGAUUAGUGGGCAACGGACUCGUAUGUUUUGUUGUGAUACGUACCUCGCAUAUGCGAACAGUAGUAAACAUAUUCAUCGUGAAUUUGGCGGUGGCGGAUUUCCUGGUGCUGUUAAUUUGCUUGCCGCCUUCUGUUCUGGCUGACACAACGGAAUCGUGGUACAUGGGGGACAUCAUGUGUCGUGUUGUUCCAUUCCUACAGACCGUUUCCAUAGCGGUAUCGGUGCUAACACUGUGUGCCAUAGCUAUUGAGCGGUACUUUGCCAUCUGCCACCCUCUGCGUCGUCGGCUGACUGCCUCCACUGUGUUGGCGUUCAUCGUCGUCAUCUGGUGCAUCGCCAUUGCCGUCGCACUUCCGGAACUACUCUACCAAAAGUUGCACCGUUGGUACCCGGAACACGUAACGCCGUACUUACAAUAUUGUGCACAGACGCUCUCGAAGGAGCAACAGAAGUAUUACCAGAUUGGUCUAUUGGUCGGUCUGUAUGAUGUGCCGAUGUGUCUUAUGUUCUUCGCGUAUAGUACGAUCGCCGUGCGACUGUGGAAGGACAGAAUAUCAAAUAAUGUCAACAGUCGAGUAAAUUCCGGCAGUGGUCGAAGAGGCCAAGUGACGGCUCUGAAAGCUAGAAGAAAGGCGGCAAAAAUGCUGAUGACCAUUGUGAUAUUGUUUGGAAUUUGUUACUUGCCUAUCCACAUUUUAAACAUUCUAAGGUAUCAAGGUACCUUGCACGAAAUGGAUGACAAUGUCGUGAUCAUCUGGGCACUCUUUGCACGUGGUAUCUGCUAUUUCAACAGCGCCACAAACCCCCUUAUCUACAAUUUUAUGAGUGCAAAGUUUCGACAAGAAUUCAGAGCUGCUUUUGGAAGGUGCACGCGUUCGCAGGUGGACAACACACUCAAUCCGUUGAAACUCUACAGUUUUCGUGCAGCCACACGAACGAACGGACAUCAUAGGUCCUACAGAUAUUCGAUGAACACGUGUACAACUCGCCCCUUUUUGAAUGGCAACACUUCUAGUAGCUCCCAAAAGUCGCAGUUUUGACUAGCACUGUGCUGCGUUAAACAAAACUGAUAAAACAUUUAACAAUAUUCCUUUAUUUUAUUAACCAAUUUCGUUUAACGCAGUAUGAUGAUAUACAUUUUUGACAAUUAUGAUGUAAGAUAUUUUGAAGUUUAAAUCAUCAACAUCAUUAUUUAUCAUUAUGAUUAUCAGAAUCAUUAUCUUCACAAAUAAUUCCAUCAUCAUCAAGAUAAAUGCCAUCAUAUAUAAGAAUUAUAAUUUUUAUUAAUGUUACUAUUAUUUGUAUUAUUAUCAUUAUUAUUUUUAUUAUUAUUACAUAAACAUAUGUAUAUUAACA